UUGGUGGCGCACGUCUGCCGCUCUCGCCCGCACAUGCAGCCACAGGCGAUGCCCGCGCUGACGCUCACCACCAGACUAUGCUUGAGUAAUAGCAACUGCCGACACCCCCUCGUAUUCUGUACAUACUUUCACCUUUGGCAAGCCACCGGAUUUUCUCUAAAGGAGCUGGUUAUUGAAGUAUAUUUUUGUGAACCUUUUCACUCCGAAGGCGCGCCGGCGCUUGCACAGCCGCGGCUCGGCCUUACAGGGUAGAGUUUCGGGCGGUCUUUUCCAAUAUAGGUUUUCU